GUCCGCCAGCGCUAGUACACAAAAUACCACAGAGCGUGACCUGCUAGAGAAACAUUUCAGCUAUCAAUUGAAUCAUCGACAAAGUGAAAAUACCAUCUAGACACGCCUUCCGCAUGAUGCUGAUUCAGAUUUUGUCUCUCACCAUGCCGGCAGUUCCGAUGCAACAAGCCCAGUUCAACAAUGGAUGCAAAAAUAUCACACCGAGAGGAGUGAAAAUAAAAGCCAUUAGUGUAGCUCGGCUUUUACAAGAUCUCCCAGCAUCGCCCCAGGGAUCUGCAACGCUUAAAUUGCCUAGCCACAAUCCUUGUUGAGCGUGGACCCCCACAAGCGGUGGGUAGCUGAGGUGCCAUUGUUGUCAAAUCACAGGCGCCGAGCGAGCAACAAAUUCACAUUUUUAGACAAUUCCUGCGCUAUUUUAUCCGAUGAUCAGGAACUAACUCUGAUCAACUCGCAAAGCCCUGCUUCCCCUCUCUAACAUGAUUGCCACGCCUGAGAUUCCCAAGUGGAUUUGUGAUGGAGUUUCCGGGAGGGCUUAGCCUGCUUGCCCCUAACCCAUGAGUGGUGCGUGAUUCGCGUCAACAAAGAAUUCUGUAAACUAAAGUUAAGCGCCCGUAAAAGCUAAGAAAAGUGAAUAACGUCACGGGUAAGACAUUGCAAUUCUCUAGGGCCAACUGAGGAUCUGUUUCUUGCUUUCUCCUCUUCUCGUCCGAUCAGUCGUGCUGUAACUUGACACUAAUCGAGGUAACUGUGCUUUUUUUAUAGCAGCUAGAAGAGAGGUGAUGCUUGCAAAUAGACAACUUACCUUGAUGUAGAUGAUGUAUAUUAAACUCGUCAACUAGACUUUACUCCGUGAAAUGCGCUCUCGAUUAUGUUGGAUAAUAGCUGAAAAAUUCUUUCUUGUGUAGGUAGAGUAGAUUACUACAAAGACCAAUUACAAUACUAAAGCCAAAAAAUGCAUUCACUCCAUCUCAGUUUCAUCCUCCAAAUCGCUCCUCGCCAGAACCUAUCCAUC